AAUCCGCCGUCGGAUGUACCGAAAGACGAAAGUCCGGUAGAAAUACGUCGCAUUAUGGGGCCAGGUUGGGGCAGUGUGACAACUGUGCCGGGACACUGUAGCGAAUACCCUUACUGCUGGGAUGCAGCACUUAUCUCUGAUAAUCAAGUGUUCACAAAAUGA